GUUGUUUUGAGGUCAGAUGAUAUCUACGAUGAGGCUGUAACUGAAGCUUUUCUUGAGUUUGGUCCUGAUUGUUGCCAGAAUGGCCACUGCUAAGAAAGCAGUGUCUAAGACGGGGGGCGUUCGCUUCGCUGAGGAACCCGCUGCGGCCGCCACCGCUCACUCUCAUGUGCAUUUUGACGAGAAACUGCACGACUCCGUCGUCAUGGUGAUACCCGAAUCAAACGGGAACUUCCUGGUUAAGGUGGGCUUCCUGAAAACACAGCACCGAUAUGAGAUCGUGUUCACACUGCCGGAGAUGCCAGAGCUCGGGAAAGACGUGUGUCCAGCCCCCAUCCCCAAUCCUCACCUCCGUAUCACUAACAUAACGCCGUCCUCAGACGGAGGUCUGAGGGUGACAUGUGAAUAUAUGGCCCAUCAGGAGGGAGUGAUGUGUGAGGAGGCACAGAUUCUUAGCGAAAACAAAGAGGAUGCACGCGUGAAGGUUAAAGUUCAUGCUCGUGUCAUGGACCGGCAUCACGGGACUCCGAUGCUGCUGGAAGGCGUGCGCUGCAUAGGAGCAGAACUCGAGUACGACUCGGAGCAAAGCGACUGGCAAGGCUUCGACUGAACGCCUGAACCUCACAGACUUCCCACUCAGUGCCACAUAUCUCGUGUCGGCAGCCACAGAAUAUUCUGGAUUUCUGUUGUCAGUGUCACUGCUUUCUGCUCGCAGCGUUUGGAAACAAAGUGUGGUUACUAGCUUGUUUGUACUGUUACAAUGGAAUGCAGGAAUGAUCUGUCGUUUGCUGUAGCUCUCUGUGAUUGUUGUUUUUUAUCCAAACCUGAAAAACGACAAAUCAAAUAGUGUGUGUUUCCUGAAUUCCAGUGUUAUGACUGAAUGUUUCUUUUAGAUAAAAACAAAUAUAAUAUGCUCUUAUGUCUGUGUUUCUGCACUUUCUUGCUCCAAUCUGAUGUGAUUCUAAGGUUUUUAAACUAAUUCUAUGAGUGAUGCUUGUGCUCACUGUGAAUCAGCCUCUUGUAUUUGUACCAGUAUGAGGCACUGCUGACCACAAAAUCAAUCUUACAUGUUUCACCAUGAACUCUGUUGGCAUCUUGGCUUUAAAGUUUGAAUGUUUUGAUUCAUCUACUGAAUUCGAUAGUAAUUUACUCAAAAUCAUUUAGAUCCAGGAAAUGUUGGAGAUUUUGUCUGCCCUGGUAGAUUUUUAAUGAGAUCAUCACUUUAAGGGCUGUUCGUUCAUCUUUUGUGUGUAACAUUGGUCUGUUUUGUGGAGCCAAAGUGCCUGAAAUCAUGUACAUUGUUAGUUUAUUUGAUUGAUGCCAGCAUGUAAAUCGAGCCAUUACACAUUGAAUGUUGGCAGCCUUAUUCCAGCAUAGUAUGUCUAUUCUCAACUCCAUAUACUGCUUUUAUGAGGUCUCUGGAUCUCUGUAAAAGUUCAUGUCCUUUCAAACGGAAAUUCAAAAUAAUUUCUUGAUGGGUUUAACGGUUGACGGCUUGUUUCUGUCUUUUACUGUAUUUUUUUUUUUUACUUUCAAGCAAAUAAAAUUC